CCGCCCAACUUCAGCUGGGUUUCGGGAAGGUAUUCCCGGAAUUAUGGCGAAGUCCGGCCUGGGGCAGGAUCCCGAGAGCGCUAACGCAGUCACUAUGCUACAGCGGGCGGUGAAACUAGAUGCCGAGUACAAGUAUCCGCAGGCUCUGAUAUGUUACCAAGAAGGGAUUGAUCUGCUCCUACAAGUUAUGAAAGGCACCAAAGAUUGUACGAAGAAGUCUAAUCUCAGAGAUAAAAUUUCCGGCUACAUGGAGAGAGCAGAAAACAUAAAGAAAUACUUGGCUCAAGAAAAAGAAGACGGAAAAUAUCACAAGCAAAUUAAAAUAGAAGAGAAUGCAACAGGGUUCAGUUAUGAGUCACUUUUUCAAGAAUACCUUAAUGAGACAGUUACAGAAGUUUGGAUAGAAGAUCCUUAUAUUAGACAAAUUCAUCAGCUGCAUAACUUUCUUCGAUUUUGUGAGAUACUUAUUAAGAGAUCAUCUAAAGUAAAAAUCAUUCACCUUCUCACUUCUCUGGAUAAAGGCAAUGGGAAAGAACAGCAAAUUAGGGGCCUGGAAGAAAUAAAAGAGUCACUCAAGAAUCAUGAAGUGCUGUUGGAAGUAGAAUAUUCUCCCUCAAUACAUGACCGAGAAAUUAGGUUCAACAAUGGAUGGAUAAUUAAGAUUGGAAGAGGACUUGAUUAUUUUAAGAGAACACAGGGUCGUUUUUCCCUUGGAUAUUUUGAUUUUGAUUUACGACCAUGUCAUGAAACAACAGUGGACAUUUUUCAUAACAGACACACAAAAAAAAUUUGAUGGGUAGUAGCCUAAUUUAUCUUAUGUAUUUCUACAUUAAGUGAUUAUUAGAUUUUUACUAUGUUGAACAGAUCAUUUUUUAUAAUAUACAAAUUUCACAAUAAACUUUUACAUUUCUACUAA